UCGAAUAGACAUAUUUUUUCAGAACCGCUUAAGGAAUCCGUUGAAUUAAAAAAAAACAAUGACUCGAAAAUUAUAUUUAAUGUUCGUUUUAUUAUUUGUUCACUGCGGCUUUCACAAUUGUUAUCUAGCUGAUCAAAGCGAAGAGCAAGAAAAUGAUCAAUUGAUAUUUGCACACGUUAUCUAUCGACAUGGUGAUCGAUCACCGAAUAAAUCAUACCCAAACGAUCCGUAUAGCAGCGAACAUUUGUGGCCCGAUGGUUGGGGGCAGCUGACAAAGAGAGGAAUGCAACGGCAGUACCAGCUGGGCAAAUACUUGCGAAAAAGAUACUACAAGCUGUUGGUUGACGGCAAAUAUACAUCAGAUAAGGUAUACAUUCGAUCAUCCGACUAUGAUAGAUGCAUAUUGAGUGCAAAUGCAAAUUUACUUGGAUUCUUUCCAACUGGAAACGAUGAAGUGUGGGCAGAUAAAAUUAAAUGUCGUCCAAUACCAGUUCACACAGUUCCAAGAGAACUGGAUCAUAUCGUGGCAUUAGAAAGGCAUUGCGCUCGAUACGAUAAAGCAUACAAAGAAACUUUCGAAUCACCAGAGUUUUUAGCGGCUCGAAAUAAAGCUGAAAGAUACAUAAAACUCAUAAUGGACAAUUCUGGAAUUGAAAAUAUCACAACGAUGGAUAUAAUUUCUGUAUGGGACACGUUACGCGUGCAAUAUCUUGAAAAUUUGACAUUACCAUCAUGGACUGAAGAUAUGAUGAAUCCGGGCAGUGAUAUGGACAUAUACAUUCGAUGUUUUUAUAAAAUGUUUACAUACACAACCGAAAUGAAAAAGUUAAAAGCCGGUUUUCUAUUAAAAGAGAUAUUAUACCGAUGCACAGAGAAAACUCAAUCAAAACUAAGCCCAGAUCGUUCACUUUGGAUUUAUUCUGGUCAUGACAUUACAAUUGCGAACUUAUUGAAUAGUCUUGGCCUUUAUGAUGGUUAUAUACCACCCUUCGCCUCGUGUUUGUUUUUCGAGCUAUACCAAAGUGGUAAGGAUAAUUUUAAUGUUCAACUGUUUUACAAAAAUACAACGGUUGAAGAUCUUCCACCGUUAAAUCCGUUAAACAUACCUGGCUGCGGAACAAAGUGUCCAUUGGAUCAAUUUAAACGGUUAUUUAAAGAUGUUUUACCAAUUCAAAACUUUGAAACAGAAUGUAACUAAAAAGGAAUCAGACUUUAUAUGGAACAUGGGUAUUUUUUGAAUAUUAUGAAAUCGAAUACAAAAAACCAUGUCAAUUUUUCAUAUAGCGAGUGAGCCAGCAGUUUUUGACUGAGAGUUUGUCUAACCCUACAUUUGUCAUAACUGAGCAGGGUGCGUUUAACUCUCAAACGGCACAUUUGCAUCGCAUGCAUGAUCGUAAAUAAGAAUUAAAUAAAUUGAAAUGGAAAUAUUAGAAACGAUGAUAAUACAAAAAAAGUAUUAAUCAUUCAAAAUAAUUGGAAUAAUAAAAAUAAAAUAAAAUAAUAUUUUUAUAUUUAUAUCAUUUGAUUUUUCGGGUGAAUCCUUUUAUCGUGAAUUAAACGUACGUUGUUUUGUUAUGAUAGCCGCAGGGUUUGACAAAUUUGCAAGCAAUGACAGCUGGCUCACUUUUUAGCAUUGUUCUUUCAAACCUUUCAAUCAUUUCAGAUUCGGUCAAUGUAAUUUUAUGUUCAAUUACAAUAGUGCUAAUUAGCAUUAAUGAUCAUAUAUUUGCUUAUCUUAGUUGUUUAAAAAAACAAUCAAAAAUAUACAUUGAAAAAUGAUAA